AUGGCAACUAUGCACUCUCUUGCAUUAUCCUCUCCACUCUACAACUCAGUUCAGAAGCCACGCUCAUACUCAGUUUCUUCUGCAAUUGUCCAUGGAAAUUUAAACUUUAACUCCUCAUUCAAUGGUCAACAUUUACAUGUGCCAAGUUUGAGGUUACCAAUGAUAACUCAAAAAUCUCCCAUGUACAUGCCGGUUAUCGUGAUGGCGGUGAAACCGAAAAUACAGUUCAUUCAAGGUACUGAUGAACUGACAAUACCAGAUGUGAAACUGACAAAAUCAAAGGAUGGAACCAAUGGCAUGGCUAUCUUCAGGUUUGAUCAACCCUCAGUUUUUGAUUCUUCGGGAGAAGUAGGUGACAUUACUGGGUUUUACAUGAUCGAUGAGGAAGGAGUCCUUCAAUCAGUUGAUGUAAAUGCUAAAUUUCUCAAUGGAAAACCCUCUGGAAUUGAAGCAAAGUAUAUAAUGCGGACUCCACGGGACUGGGAUCGGUUCAUGAGAUUCAUGGAGCGAUACUCGAAUGCAAACGAUUUGCAGUUCAUAAAAUAUUGA